GGAGGGGCCCUAAGCACCCUAUCAGGGUCCAGACCACACCUGCUCCCUCUCUGCAUCAGAAACUCAUUUCCCAACGCUUAUUCACCUGGGACGGCUGCUCAUUCCAAAGCUGGAGAUGUUAAAGGACAAUAAGGUGGACAUCCUGGAGGGGCCCCAGAGCUCAGCUCCCAUGGCCACCACUGUGAUCAAUAUCCAGACUGAGACAUCUGUGCCCGACCACAUCGUCUGGUCCCUGUUCAACACAAUCUUCAUGAACUGGUGCUGCCUGGGCUUCGUGGCCUUUGCCUACUCCGUGAAGUCUAGGGACAGGAAGAUGGUGGGUGACGUGAUCGGGGCCCAGACCUAUGCCUCCACCGCCAAGUGCCUGAACAUCUGGGCCCUGGUCCUGGGCAUCCUUCUGACCAUUGGAUUCAUUGUUCUUCUGGUGAUUGCCUACAUGACGGCCUACAAUAUCAUUUUAAGGGUUAUGCAGAAUAGCAGAGGCCACCACUAGCUGCUCAUGGCAGGAGACACCAGUCCUCCAGCAUCCAUUGUGGCUGUGCUUCCCAUGCUUCCUGGGCUGUUGUGUUGGGCCCGUCCCUCAGCACCCACCCCUGUACCCUGUGCUUAAGCAGACUUCCCUGACCACAACUGAACGCAAUAAAGUACCCUUGUGUGUGA